CAGAGCUCAUCCUCUGUGACUGCUGUCCACAGCGCUCCCUGCUAACCAGUUCUCCUGCAGGUCAAUGCCUAGCCGAUUGCUGACCACUCUGGUGCAUCGUUGUAUUUCAGAGUAUUGAACCUCCGUCUGGAAAUGAGCGGGAUGUCCGGGACGAAUGUGAUUCAAAUCACUAAUCUGUCGUCGGCGGUGAGCAGUGAUCAGAUGAGAACUCUGUUCGGCUUCCUGGGGGACAUCGACGAGCUGCGACUAUACCCGCCUGACAAUGCACCGCUUUCCUUUUCAUCCAAAGUUUGCUACAUAAAGUAUCGAGAGCCUUCCAGUGUUGGUGUGGCACAACAUUUAACCAACACUGUUUUUAUUGACAGAGCUUUGAUUGUUGUGCCCUGCGCUGAAGGAAAAAUCCCUGAAGAGGCAAAGGCGCUCUCACUUUUGGCCCCCGCCGCCCCAGUGACCAGCCUGAUGAGCGGAGGAGGACUUCUGCCCAUUCCUAGCCCCACUACACUACAGAAUCGAGGUCUUCCUUUAGCUAAUCUGGGGGUCCUGAAGUCUAGUUUGGACACAUCUGUGGCGGCUCUAAAUGCAAUUGCUUCACAGCCUCCGCUCAUGGGAAAUGUAGAUCCCUCUAAAAUUGAUGAGAUCAGGAGGACGGUGUAUGUCGGCAAUUUAAAUUCACAGAGCACCACAGCAGAUCAGCUCCUCAAGUUCUUCAAGCAAGUGGGAGAUGUUAAGUUUGUUAGAAUGGCAGGAGAUGAAACCCAACCUACACGUUUUGCUUUUGUGGAGUUUGCUGAUCAGGAAUCAGUGUCACGAGCGCUUACAUUUAAUGGAGUUAUGUUUGGCGACAGACCACUAAAGAUUAACCACUCCAAUAAUGCCAUAGUGAAGCCUCCAGAGCUCACACCUCAAGCUGCGGCCAAAGAGCUGGAGGAUGUGAUGAAGAAAGUCAGAGAGGCUCAGUCAACCAUCGCUGCUUCUAUCGAGCCAGAUGAUAAAAUUGGUUCAUCCAGUAGUAGAUCUAGAUGUUCCAGAAGGUCCAGAUCUCACUCUCGCUCCCCACCACACUCACGAAGAAAGCGAUCUAGAUCCAGGCACAGGGGACGCCUGUCCCAGAGAUCACGGCAGAGUGUGAAUGACUCCCGUGGGCCCCAUAGGAGACGCUCAUGUUCCCGAGAAAGGAAACACAGCCGGAGUCUAUCUCAUUCUAGGGACCAAAGGAAGGACAAGGACAGCAAAGCAAGGAAGGACAAUGAUUGGGAAGAAACGAGGCCACGGGACAAAAAGGGAAGGAUGCCUUCCAAAGGCUACAGUGGCUCUAGAUGUUCCCACAGUAUAAGCAGAGUCCAUAAGAAAAGAAGCAGAUCCCGAUCCAGGUCACCAAGGCGGAAAGCCAGGUCACCAUCACCAUCUAAAAGAGGCAAGAAAGAUAAAAAGAGGGAUAAAGGACGGGACCGUAGCAGGGAAAGGACAGAAACCUCAACAUCCAGGAGGAAAAGCAGGGAUUAUGAACAUAAAGCUAAACCAUCACUGAUGGAGAGGUGCUACGAGGAGGUGGACCACGAGUAUGACAGUGACAUGGAUGGGUCGGGCUCUGUGGGUAGUGACGACAGAUCUCCUCAAGCUCAUUUCAACGGCAGCUAUAGGAGCACUUACGCCGAGGAGGAUGAUCUCUCUGCAGCUGAGUGAUUCACAUGUACCCAUAAUGCCAAGAACAGUGAUCACAGCAUCAUGUAUCAUACUGUAACAGCUGUCACUCCUUUUGAAGUGCUUUCGCUUGUGUCCAUUGCUGUGUGAUUGUUGGCUUCUGAAAACAUUUUCUACUGCUGUGAAUAUUCUACCUGUCAUAUGAUAUUCAUAUGGAUGAAAAUGUAAAUUUUUGGAUAGUUCUUUAUUGUGAUUGAGAGAUGCGGUAUAUUGAAUGAAGGUGCUUGUGUUGAGGUCACUUUUUAAAUCAGUUUUGCAUUUUUCUUUUGCAUGCAACUUUGUGUUUACACUCUUGUGGAAAGAUGUUUUAUGCUAUUUUGUUUCUCUUUUUGGUUUAUCGUACUAAAACAAAGCCAUUAUUAGUGUGAAUCUAAAAAAAAGUUGUAUUUUACCUCAAAAUAAUGUAUUUUGCAUUUAUAAUUUUUCUUUUGAUGUUUAAGUACAUGUUCCUUAAAACUCUCAUCAUUGCUAUAAUGUAAAAUAAAUAAAUAAAUAAAUCUGGACAGAUUAUUUUUUUAUUUUACUUAUUCACAUUAAAGUGGAAAAGGAGUUUCUUAAUUUUUCUAAAUUCUCAAAAUUUGAUUUUGGGGUACACUGAGAUUGAUCCACUCUACCUGGUCUUUUCCAUAAUUUCUAUUUACUGAAGUAAAAAAAAAAAAGUAUAUAUA